AUGACGUGGAAAGAUGAAUUCGCUGUUUGGGAUCCAAGUGAGCAUAACGGAGUUCGUACAACGAUGGUUAAACAGUGGGAAAUAUGGACACCUGAGUUGAGGGUUACGAACAGGCGCUGGAGCCGUGUUGAAGUCUAUCCAACGUUCUCAAUAAAAGUCGGAUGCGCUUUUGACUUCUCGGCCUAUCCGUAUGACACCCAACGAUGUGCAUUGGGUCUUUUCACGAGUUAUCGUAUGAGUGAUGUACAGCUAUCUCUUUAUUAUAAUCUACAACCUACUAUACUUCUUGGUUGGGGAUCUCAAUCGAACAAAAGACAUAUAAGUGAUUGGAAACUGGAGAAAAUGAGCAACAACUUGAGCUAUUACAGUCAAGGAGAAUAUACGAGUGUUCGACCUGUUGACCCGGAUCACUUGGACAGCACAUGGUUAAAAUUGUUUCAU